AUGUCUGAGAGUGUUCUCUCUUACUAAUUAUAUAUCCUGCUAGGAUCAUGUCUGAGAGUGUUCUCUCUGACGAUGACGUCAUCAUAGACCACGACCCCCAGGAACACCCCCCAGUCCUAAGUAACAAGAACCCAUACUUACUCUCCACUGUUGUGUCUUACGUUUGGUCGGUGUUUGAAACACACGGUUACGUUAUCCUUAUUGGAGCUAUUGUAACUUAUUAUGUGUAUCAGAAACUAGUGGAAUACCUCGAACAGAAGGUCCAGAGCAAAAGGGAUGGUGUCCAAUCUAACUUAAGCCCGGAAGAACAGAUGAAUAGGUUAGAAGCUAUGAGGAGAGCUCGUGAGAAGCUACAAGCUGAGGUAGACGUAGCUGCUGCUAUUGAGGCUGAGAAGAUUAGAGAGCGAGAAGAGCAACAGAGGCAGGAUAAGAUAGAGGAUUGGGAGAGACACAAGAAAGGAGGGGGGUACAGAAGUAAACUUAGUAAUGAGCCUGCUAAGAAGAAGUCGCUCAAACUGGACAGUUCUAAUCCUCUCAUGGGUCAUGGAACUAGUGGUGGUAAGUUAUAG